AUCCAGCCCCUGACCUUGGCCUCAGCAGCUCCAAUAGAGCUCCCGACCUCAGAGAGAGCAGCUCCAGGGAGUGAGAGCUGCCCGGCCCCUCCCUGCCUCCCUCACCCUCCAUGUGGCGAGGAGAAGGACAUCUGGAUCCCCUUCCUGACAGCUUCAUCUUGCAGCCACCAAUCUUUACCCCGUAAUCCCCUAUGUCACAACAAUCUUUGGUGGCCUUCAUGCUGGGAAGAUGGUCGUGGUCCAGGGCGUGGUCCCACCUGAUGCUCAGAGGUUUCAGAUCGAUUUCCAGUGUGGCUGCAGCCUGCAGCCCCGGCCAGAUAUAGCCGUUCAUUUUAACCCUCGAUUCUACACCACUAAGCCCCAUGUCAUCUGCAACACCCUGCACCGAGGGCGAUGGCAGUGGGAGGCACGCUGGCCCGAGCUGGCCCUGGGCAAAGGGGACGGCUUCCUGAUCCUCUUCCUCUUUGGAAAUGAGCACGUGAAGGUGAGCGUGAAUGGCCGACACUUCCUCCACUAUCCCUACCGGCUCCCACUGUCAAGAGUGGACACCCUGGGCAUCUACGGCCAUGUUUUUGUGAAAGCCGUCGGAUUCCUCAAUAGCAAUCCUUUCUUGCUGAAAAGCUCCAGACUGGCAGUUCCUUGCACUUGGCCUCUUCCCAGGGGACUGUGGCCAGGACAGGUCUUCGUGGUGCGGGGCCUCAUCUGUCCCAACCCUCAGGAAUUCACACUGAGCCUGCGGGACGAUUCCACCCACCCCACUGUGACGCUUAAGGUUUGCUUUAGGAAUAGGACAUUGGCUUGGAUCUCCCCAUGGGGCCGGAAGGAGCCCAUCUCGGCCCCUUUCCUCUUUCACCCACAGCGCUUCUUCGAGGUUCUGCUCCUGCGCAGGGACAAUGACCUCAAGAUGGCCCUGAAUGGGAAUGCAGUGGGGGCAGCCAGCCUGGGGCAGCGGGCCCUUGGGCGCCUCCGGGAGAUUCGGAUCAGCGGCAGCGUGGAGCUCUACUGCGUCUGGUGCUAGGGGCCCACGGGAGCAUCCCUGGCCCUGGGCCACCCCAGGGCCUGUCCAUCGGGAGCCUGGGCCUCUGUCAGCUGCCCCGUCCGAUUCCUGAAUCUUAUGCUGGCUUCAUUCCCCAGCUGGCUUCAGAGGUGCAGGGAUGCCCACCCUCUCACCCUAGGGGUGCCUGAUCAAACUAGCAGAGAUCUUGGGCUGACUCAUGCUUCGCCAGGGAUGCAUGCCAAUCCACUAGGUAGAGGGAGAACUGGUGUUUGUUUUUCGGAGUGGAAGGGAGAAGGUAACCUUUACGCCUUGUGGGGUUAGGCCCUGCCAGGCCUAAGGCACAGACAGAGUGUAAUACUCCGUGUGUGACCUGAACCAGGGCAGGACACAGGGAGGCCCAACAGAGGCUAGUGACAAGAGAUGUUUGUCUUUCUUUGUAUCCCAGCAGCACUCAGCACAGUGCCUGGCACACAGUAGGUACUUAAUAAAAGCUUGACUUGAUGUCGCUCUGAG